AAAGGUUACAGAUGAAAAUAUAGACAAGACAAUUGAGAGGAUGGAGUAUAUAGUAAACAAUGAGUAAAAAAUAAAAAAAGGAAACCCUUUGUUUAAUUUUUAUGGGGGAGGGAGUAUUAUUUACUUGUAUGUUUAUUUUUAUUUUGAUUAAAUAUGCCAAAUUCUUGUGGUUUUCCUUCUGGAUCUAUGUUUCAUGAUGAAGCAAAAGGGCCUCGAUUAAGGCCUUGUCAACAUGUGAUGGAGGUGAGGAUCCCUGAGUAGUUAAUUACUACUAGUUCUUCGGAUCCUAUCUUGACGGCUUGAUAAUAUGGCUAUGGGUGCAUGAUGUGGAUGGAUUUGGAUAUCCUCAAACUCAAACCCUUCCCCUAACCUACGUUUUCUUCGUGACUCUGCAAAUCUCUGUGUGAUAUGCUGCAUGGAUCAUCGAGACCUUCAUUCAGGUUAAUUUGUUGACCCAAUUUGAAUUAAGAAAUGUCCAACAAUAAUGCUACUACUGCUGAAGAUCCAUUGCUACCUCCACCAAAAAGGUCAGUGGAAUCUUUGUACCACAUUGUUAUGAAGAGAAGGCGGCCCUCCAGCACCAGCAGCAAUGCACUGAUUCACCAGAAAUUCCAUUCAAACAAGGACCAUCAACAUGAUGAUGAACUUGAAUUCCUUGCUGCUGCUCAGAAGAAACUCAAUGUUAAAACUGUACUGAUCUUUUUGACCGCCUACAUUAGCACAGGAGUCGUCAGCCUCUGCAUUGUUAGGGAUCAGAUUAGCGGAAACAAAACGAACCAAGUUCUUGAUGCAAUCUACUUCUGUGUUGUUACCAUGACAACCGUCGGGUAUGGAGACUUGGUUCCACAAAGCAAAUUAGCAAAGCUCUUAGCCUGCAUUCUUGUAUUUGCUGGGAUGGCCUUAGUUGGCUUUGUUCUGAGCAAUGCUGCUGAUUAUAUUUUGGAAAAGCAGGAAAUCCUCCUGGUUAAGGCUACCCAUCUCCGAAAGAAAUACCAACAGGACGAAAUCCUCAAGGAUGUCGAAGCAUACAAAACUGAGUACAAAUUCAUUGCUGCAUUAGGCCUACUUGUGUUUCUCAUCAUUAUAGGUGUAGUUUUCCUGCAUAAAGUCGAGGACUUGAGUGUUUUCGACGCGUUGUAUUGUGUUUGUGCGACGAUUACCACUCUGGGAUAUGGAGACAAGAGCUUUUCGACUAAGAUGGGGCGUUUAUUCGCUUCAUUUUGGAUACUGAUUAGCACUCUUUGUUUAGCCCAGGUGUUUUACUACCUUGCUGAAUUAUACACUGAGAGAAGGCGCAAGUCAUUCAUCCGGUGGGUUCUAUCCAAGAAGAUGACCGUCACGGACUUGGAAGCUGCCGAUCUUGAUCAUGAUUCCGCCGUCAGUGCAGCCGAGUUUAUUUUGUACAAACUUAAGGAGAUGGGGAAGAUAAGCGACGAAGAUAUUGGUAUGGUGAUGGAACAGUUUAGGAAUCUUGACAUUGAUCAAUCAGGAACGUUGACAAAAUCGGAUAUCGUACAAACAAGUUCAUCUGACUCCCCAAGAUGAAAGUAAUACUGAUCCUGUUUGACACUAAACAGGAAAAAACCUGUUGAAGGCCUUGUGCCUUGUUCCUCUUUUGUUGGUUUUUCUUUCUUUGUGCUAAUUUGUAACGACAGAAGCAGAAGACGUUCUAGUGGAUUUGAGAAUGAGAAUUAAUGUGCAUAUGAUUCUAAAAAAAAAAAAAAGAAGAUAUAUAUACACCACUGUUUCAUAUAUAGAACAAGGUAAUUUUUGUCAAUAGAAAUGCAACAUACAUGAGUGUGUACAACAAUUAGUCAGUGGAUGUUUAAUUUACACUAAAAUUUUCGGCUGGCAUAUACAGAUAUCAAUAAUGUGGAAGCUGAUGAUCAUCAGGGCUCCAGUUGACAUAAUCCAGGAGGCUUUGGCCAUCUCGGUAAGCGCCUUCAUACAUGGCCGAAGAUUGAUAACUGAAAAGCAUGAUCAUUCCAAGCAAGAGAGAUGUGGAGAGUAGAAGUGGCCAGAAGAAGGAGAAAAUGCUGGCAAAAUCAGAGAGGGUAAUGGUAGCCAAUGAGGCAAUGAUGAUGGAGGAAAUGAUGGUGAAAGCAGCAAUGUGAUGAUAUCUGUGUUGGACUAAUUGUUUGGCAUUCACAGAGAUAUCCAUUAUGAUCUCUGUUUUCUUUCUGAAUCGCUGUACCAUAUGAUAUAUCUGUCUUCAUCUUACUCAUUCAUAUCAAAAGCCUUUUUGGAAAGAAAUUGGAGAGUUGUUGGGUGAAGUCUUGGGUUUCCUUUGAUUCUUUGCUGAAUGAUUUAAUUUUAUUGGAUACCUUUCUUCGGCGGCCAAUUUUUUAUCGAUUAAACUUGGGCUUUUCUUUUCGUUGAUGAAAAUCCUGGAAUUCUAG